AUGACUGACAAGCCAGAACUGAAAAACCUUACAGCCGUACAACCGCGGGAAGUGGAUAUCAAAACUGCGUUUCAGAAAUUCAAUGAAAAAUUGAUUGAAGCGCUCACUUCUAAUGAAGCCAUUACGUUGCCACUAACUUUCGACGAAGAUCAUCUCCCGUGGAAAGAACCCCUGCCUUCUGUGUACAUCUAUUCAGCGUUCCUAGAGUUUGACUCAUCAGGAUCGCCUUACGUACGAAUAGUCAGCAUAGUGCUCGCGAGGCCAAAACAUAGGGACACCGUUCAGUGUCUCGUUAAAGGUGACGAUCUAUUAGUUUCAAGGCCUGCUUCUAUGCGUCUUCUCCCAGAUGGUCACGGCCUACGUUUUAGUGCUGCCUUCCACGUCUGUAUGCUAGGAGAUGUUCCUGGGAUUCUUCAGCAUACGAACUUGCAGGUCACUCUGACGAAUGGAACGCAACAAGGAGACCCCCCGUGGGUUUCGGUACUCAUGAAAGAGAAAAUCACCAAUGAGUUUGCCUUGUGCAUGCAGCCUUUUCACAACCGUCAAAACCAUUUAGUUCAAAUGGCCGAGUUCAUCGCAUAUUAUUCACUCAUGGGAGUUAGUCGCUUCACGUUCUAUAUUUUCGACAUGUCCAAAGCCGAAGAACUGUUUCUAUUGCGUCUAAGAGCACGGAAGAACGUGACCAUAGUUAUUGUGAAGUGGGACAUUCCAACAACAGAAAUACACCUGCUGGGGCAGGUAGCAGCUUUACAAGACUGCGUGCACCGAGAACGGUUCUAUUCGGAGUACGUGGUUAAUGUGGACCUGGACGAGUUUAUAGUCUCCAAAGUGGCCCGCGACUUUCAUGAAACCAUGAGAAUACUUCAGAAGCGGAGGAGGUAUUCAAGUUUCAGUGUGCGGCACAAGCCCUUCUGCUUGGAGUUCAAGAACACGACGUCGCUUUCAGAACUGGAAAUCCCUCUCAUGACCCGCACUUACGAUGUGAGGGAUACAUUAGUGUGGGGUCCCAGACAAAGAUCGAAAUGGAUUGGAAGAGCUAAAGACGUUGUAGUCGGUGCAAUUCACUCUGGACGCGUGCUUGAAGACAACAAGGAAGCCCUCUUUUUGAAUGAGUCUCAGAUGCUGCUACACCACUACCGCGAUGGAUGCCGUGCCCUCUUCAUCAACCGUCCCACCGGUGCACUAUACGUGCUUAAGGACGGAAGCAGGGUGAAAGAUUCUUACAUGAGCACGUAUACAACGGAUAUAUUGAAUGCUGAUGCGAUUAGUUUUGUAAGGUCCUUAUUGGGUUGA